AUGAAUGCGGUUACGCAACCUGGUAGUCCAGCAGAAGGUCAGCUGCAUUGUGGCGACGAGAUUCAUGAGAUUAAUGGACAGGACACCCGGACAUUGAGUCACUUGCAGGCCACAGAAAGCAUCAAAUCUGCCGGAAAAGAUUUAAAGCUUACAAUAUCCAAUCAGGUGAAAGUUGUGCCACUACAUCACCUCAAGCCGCCAUACGGCGGCCGUAAAAGGUCAUUGAAUGUAUAUGUCCAGGCCGGCCCAACUUUCCUCUCGGCGUUACCUAGCCGCGACAACCGCCGCGACGAGCUGCCAAUGCUGCCACCGUUGUAUCGCUUAGACCAACUUCGAAGUGGUUUGAUGCCUCAAGAGUCGGGGAGUUUCUUCACUAUGGGUGUGCGUAAAGGGCUGGAGACUGAACCGCAGAUGCUGCGCAAAGCAUCUUACACUACCACCAUGGGAGCCAAGUUGUGGCAGGGUGCACGGAACAAAAGAAAAUGCCAUUAUUUUAUCACCGACUGUGUUCCCCCAACUUUAUCUGACCUCACGUUAGCGUGA